AUGCCUCUGCCUGAUGAACCCCCAUCGUCACCACCAAGCGCUUCCACGUCCGCCCAGGAUAUCAUUUCCUAUUACAAAAAACAAUAUGAACAUCUCGAAGCUGAACUUGCGGACUUCCAGUCUUCCAGUAGGGAGCUGGAGGCUGAACUAGAGAAAGACAUUGAGGCUUCAGAGAGGAGGGAGCGGAAGUUGAAUGAAAAGCUAGAAAGUGCAGCAUAUGAAAUAGAGGAAUGGAAGGCGAAAUAUAAACAAGCCAAGACGGAAGCAAAUUCUGCGCAGAGUGCGCUUCAAAAGGAGAUUACGAGUCUACGGGAUGGAAAUCGAACUCUGCAACUGAAGCUCAGGGAUAUUGAGGUUGCAAAUGACGAUUUUGAGCGUCAAGCGCGCAACACAUCGUCGUCCUUGGAAGACCUGGAAUCAAAAUACAACGUGUCCAUAGAACGGGGCGUUCUGCUCGAGGAAGAGAUAAAACACGGAGAGCAAGAACGGGAAACCUUGCGUAUUGAAAAUCAGCGUCUCCGGGAUGAGUUGUCUGAUCUCAAAAUAGAAGCACACAUUAUCCAGGAGAAGCUUCGCAAAGCCGAACUUUUGCUUAAGCAGAAGAACAACCUUACUCUUAGCCCAGGUCUUCCGGUGCCCCAUACUCCCGAUAUUUCCGAACACUCCCCUGCUACCACAUCGUCGUCACCAACCAUUGCGACUCCACCUACGAAGUCCGUUUCAUCUGUUGCAUCUGAUAUUCAAACCCCGCCGUCACCGCCUUUCUCGGAGUCAUCAUAUCGUCUUGCGAAAGCAACCACAACUCCUUCUAUACCACGCCCUCGAGUCUCUAUUUCUGAAUCAGGCUCAAGGCCGCCAUAUCCGUCGUCCAAGACGAGACACUCUCGGGGACCAUCCAUACCCACCAGCAAUGGCAACUCAACUCCCUCCGUCACCUCUCGUCGCUCUAUUACACGGUCCUACCCGACCCAACAACCGCCUGGGUUGCCCAGGUCUGGUUCUCUGUAUCAAUCUGAUGCCUCAUCGGCAAAAUGCAAAACUUGA